UCUCCUCCUUUCCCCUGCAAUGGACAGGUCAAAGGUCAGGGGCUUAAGCCUUGUGGAGGAUGAUGAGGAGGGAUAAGGAGGAGGAAACAGAUGAGGAGUCACCGCUGCUGUUCAAGGAGACAAGAAGUCCUCACCAUGGCGUCUCUGAACCAACAGUAUGAGGAGAAGGUGCGUCCCUGCAUCGACCUCAUAGACUCUCUUCGCUCUCUCGGUGUAGAGGAGGACUUGGAUCUGCCUGCUAUCGCCGUGAUAGGAGACCAAAGCUCAGGGAAGAGCUCUGUGCUGGAGGCGCUGUCUGGGGUGGCUCUGCCACGAGGAAGUGGCAUUGUGACAAGAUGUCCUCUCGAAAUGAAGAUGAAGAGAAAGAAAGAAGGAGAGGAGUGGUAUGGGAAGAUAAGCUACCAGGACCACGAGGAAGAGAUAGACAUCCCUGCAGAUGUAGAGAAAAAGAUUGAAGAAGCUCAGGAUGAAAUGGCCGGGGUUGGUGUGGGGAUCAGUGACGACCUGAUCAGUCUGGAGAUCGCCUCUCCUGAUGUUCCAGAUCUGACACUUAUUGAUCUGCCUGGCAUCGCCAGGGUGGCUGUAAAAGGACAACCAGAGAAUAUUGGAGAUCAGAUAAAGAGACUGAUCCAGAAAUUCAUCAGAAAACAAAAAACCAUCAGCCUGGUGGUUGUUCCAUGCAACGUGGACAUAGCAACCACAGAGGCUUUGAAGAUGGCACAGGAGGUGGAUCCUGAUGGAGAGAGGACUUUGGGUAUCUUGACCAAGCCUGAUCUGGUGGACAAAGGCACAGAAGAGAAAGUGGUUGACAUUGUCCAUAAUGAGGUCAUCCACCUGAAAGAAGGGCUACAUUCGUGCAAGUGCAGGGGUCAGAAAGAGAUCACAGAGAAGGUGUCUCUGAUUGAAGCAGUGGAAAGAGAGAAAGCCUUCUUCCAAGAUCAUGUUCAUUUCCACACUCUCUACAAUGACGGUCAUGCCACUGUUUCUAAACUGGCUGAGAAGCUCACACUUGAGUUGGUGCAUCACAUUGAGAGAUCUCUGCCUCGACUAGAAGAGCAGAUAGAGGAGAAACUAGCACAGACUCAGGCAGAGAUGGAGAAAUAUGGCAAUGGGCCGCCAACUGAUGCAGCUGAGAGACUCGUCUAUCCUCAUUGAUGUGAGCUCACUCACAAAGUGACAGCAUUCACCCAAGACGCCAUCAAUCUGGCUGCAGGAGAGGAGCUCAAGUGUGGAGACAAACUCAAUGUCUUUUCCACACUCAGAAGAGAGUUUGGGAGGUGGAACAUCCAUUUGGACCAUUCGGGACAAAACUUUAAGAAAAGAAUUGAUAGAGAGGUGGAGGAGUAUGAAGAGAAGUACCGUGGGAGAGAGCUGCCAGGUUUCAUCAACUACAAGACCUUUGAGGUCAUGGUCAAGGAGCAGAUCAAACAGCUGGAAGAACCAGCUGUCCAGAAACUCAAGGAUAUUGGAGAUGCUGUUAGGAAGGCUUUCAUACAGCUGGCCCGCUGUAACUUCAUUGGAUUUCCUAACCUCAUGAAAACCGCUAAGGCAAAGAUCGAAGCCAUAAAGCAAGAAAAAGAGUCCACCACAGAGUCCAUGCUGAGAACCCAGUUCAAGAUGGAGAUGAUGGUUUACUCCCAGGACAGAACCUACAGCAGCAGUUUGAAUGACAGAAAGAGAGAGGAGGAGGAGAUGAAAGCAUCCAAGGAGAGUAUUUUGACAGCUUCUCCAGUCUCCUACUACAGCAGUGACAGCGACAGAGAGUUGAACACGGAUGAUAAUUAUGAAAGUAAAACCUUUCUAUUUGAUGAACAUAUCAACACUUACACCGUGGAUUGUCAUGCAACAUUUCAGCAGCUGAACUUGCAUCUGAAGUCCUAUUACAAAAUUGCCAGCCAGCGUCUGGCUGACCAGAUCCCGAUGGUGAUUCGCUACCAGAUGUUGCAGGAGUCUGCUGUCCAGCUGCAGAGGGAGAUGCUGCAGAUGCUCCAGGAUAAAGAGAAUGUGGAGUUCUUGUUGAAGGAGGACUUUGACACUGGCAGCAAGAGGGCUGCUUUGCAGAGUCGCCUCAAACGCCUCAUGAAGGCCCGCGCAUACCUGGUGGAGUUCUAGAGGAGGUCGAGGCCUAACAGCAUGAGUCCACUGUACCACUUUCAUUUCUCAAAUACAGUACAGUUGUGUUACUGGCCUGAGGAAAUGAGUGCCUUGUACUGUUUAUGUCCAUCAUCCUGUUUAAAUUAUUACUAUUGUACUACUAACUAUCAGAGCCACAUUGUCUUGAUAUAGAAAUGGGUUAAAUGUAUAGUCACAGUACUUGCUUAUUCAUUUCCUGUUCUCUUGCAGAGUAAUAAAACCAUACCUGUUACCAUGGGUAUGACAUAACAUGA